UGGAUCGUAAUGGGUAGCUAGUCAGAGGAACGAAUUUCGGCCUGGUGUGUCCGCUGUUUAAGUGUUUAUUUGAAACACCAUUUUCAUCAUCUUACACCACACAAUAUAUAUCCCGUCUCGGAGUGAGCAAACCGUCGUCGUUGGGAAAGGGAAGCUGUGAUUCGGGCUUACAGUCGCGCGGAUACCGGUGGCACAGCGGAGCAGCAAAACAGUCAACCAUCUUCCCCUCGAACCCUUCCCCGCACCGAGCAGGAAAGGACCCCACAAUCCCAAAAUUGUAGCGCCCUCCGUUUUGCCAGCAUCACAUACACACAACCCCUUCGCAGCUGAUUCUUCAGUGCUACGGCAGGCUGUUUUGACGUGAUCCGUGCGCCUACCUGCUAACACGGCGCUUUUCUUCCGGCCAGAGACUCCGACCCGACCAUCGAUUAUCCGCCGGCGGUCCUCAGUGGGCGGCUGCAGUGUAAAAUAGUGGAGCGACAUUGGAAAGUUCCGGCAGCAGCAGCUGCAAACUCCCGCAGCGCGGCGUGAGUGAGUAGGACCGAGCGUGUGUCCAGAGUACGCGGGAGUGCCUUCGCCAUCAUCCGGCAUCCCCAGCAACGAUGGUCGAACGCAUUGUUGAGGAGAAUUGCGACGUGAAUUCCGAUUCAACCAUCCACAAAUCCGAAGUCGCACGGUACAGCACCGAGGAGGUGUCGGGAAAUGAAUCGACCGAGGCACGCAUGCUUUCCGAAGCCGAACGACAGGCGGACUUCAACCGGCACAAGGAGGAGAUGAAGCGCAAGCGGCGCCGAAAGAAACGCGCCAGUUCUUCGAUGCAGUCGUCAUGUUUUCAAGAGUUGUACAAGCUAACUGGCGAAGUGCUGGGCGAGGGUGCGUACGCCUCGGUGCAGACCUGCAUCAACAUCUACACCGAGCUGGAGUACGCGGUGAAGAUCAUCGACAAGAUACCGGGGCACGCGCGGGCCCGUGUCUUCCGCGAGGUGGAAACGUUCCACCACUGCCAGGGGCACCCGAACAUCUUGCAGCUGUUAGAAUUUUUCGAGGAUGAGGAAAAGUUUUAUCUAGUGUUCGAGAAGAUCAACGGCGGGCCGCUGCUGACGCGCAUCCAGGAGAACGUCUGCUUCUCCGAGUACGACGCGGCGCAGAUCAUCAAGGAGAUCGCGUCCGGGCUGGACUUCCUGCACAAGAAGGGCAUCGCGCACCGGGACCUGAAGCCGGAGAACAUCCUGUGCGUCUACCCGGACAAGCUCUGCCCGAUCAAGAUCUGCGACUUCGAUCUCGGCUCGGGGAUCAAGUUCACCACCAACAUCUCAUCUCCGACCGCCACACCGCAGCUACUGACACCGGUUGGAAGUGCCGAGUUUAUGGCACCGGAGGUUGUCGAUCUGUUCGUCGGUGAAUCGAACUACUACGACAAGCGGUGCGAUCUGUGGUCGCUGGGCGUGAUUGCCUACAUUCUGUUGUGCGGUUAUCCGCCAUUCUCGGGCAACUGCGAGCAGGACUGUGGGUGGAACCGGGGAGAAAACUGUCGCACCUGCCAGGAGCUGCUGUUCGAAUCGAUCCAGGAGGGACGCUUCUGCUUCCCGGACAGCGAGUGGAUGGACGUAAGCGAGGAGGCGAAGGAUCUGAUCCGGGGGCUGCUAGUGAAGGAGGCCCCGAAGCGGCUGAGCGCCACGGCCGUGCUGGAGCAUCCGUGGAUUCGCAUCACAGACGACACGGUCUGCCUAGUCGGUGGCAUUAACUCCGACGUGAACAAGGAGAAGCAGCGUCGUCGGGUGCUGAAGACGCCGGGGGUCAUUCGAAGGAACCAGUCCGCCCUGGAAUUGUCCCACUUUGCCGAAUCGGCCAUGGCGGUUAAGCGCGUCAUAAUGCAGCACUUUUCCAUGCGCUACGACUACAUGACGAAGGAGCGCCCGAACAUCUAUCAGCCGUCGUACAACGGAGGAGCGCCAGUCGCUGGAGAAGAAGUGUCCCUCUCGGUGCAGCGAAGCGAGCCCGCCCCGAACCUGGUGGCGGACAAUGCGGAAACGAUGACGAAGAAGAACAAUAUUGUGGUGGAUGGGUUCGCCACGGCGCGAACCGAAUCCAACGGAGUCUGUGAUGAAGAUGUUGUGAACGAGCAGUGUGAGAAGAAGAAGAAAGUGACGGAACAGCAGCAUGACGAAGGUGGCGAGGAGGACGUGACUCAGUCAAACGGCGGCGACAUGGGUCGCAAUAGCAGCUACCAAAAUAUUUCCAUCGAUCGUCAGAACGGGAAGGUGUCGCCGCUGCCGCCGGCGGCGUCCGUUGUGAUUACCGUCACCGAAGCUGCCGACGUUAACACCGCCGACACCGGUGUUGCUGCCCAGGCAGUGGUGGUGCCGAUAGUAGAGCAGACGUCUUCCGGUGUUAACGGUGCUGGCAUCACUAACGGUGACGGUCGCCGAGAGCAGGAACAGGUGAAUCUUCUGGUUGGCGGUAGUGACAAAGGAUUGCAAAAUUCCGAUUCAUCGACCGCGACCGGCAUUGUUGGUGGUGGUACCGAUCCGAUUGUGGUGGUGGUCAAAGAGCAGGAGCGACGACCUACGGUUGGCGGGAUGAUUAAGAAUGGCGGCAAUCAUUCGCCUCCAUCCUCCACUCAUUCGUCACCAGCUCGUUCUUCGGUGCUGCGAUCGAAGGAUAUGAUCGAGACCGGCAACAACAAGCGCAUCGGAGGUGGAGAUAUUCCGCCCGAAGCCAGCUGGCGCUAUCGGGGCAACGGUACACUCUCGAACGGUGAACAUAACCGGUCGCAGUACACACCCUCGUCGACUGUCGCUGGGGCGAGCUACAAAGGUGGCCGCAGUGGUCACUAUCAUUCGCAUCCUCAGCAGCAGCAGCAGCAGCACCACCAUCAUGGAGGAGCUGGUGGAGCCGGUAUCGGUGGUAGUUACCAUCACCACAAUCACCACCACCACCAUCAUCACCAUAGCAACCAUCAUUCGCAUCCGCCGGCGUCAUCAGCAACUUCGUACCGAUACCAUAAUAAUGGUGGUGGCCAUUACAGCUACCUUUCGCACGGUGGUGGCGGUGGAGGUGGUGCUGCCUCCUCUCCCGGUGGCCAUUACCAUAACAACAACUACAACAGUAGCAACAGCAACAACAUGAGUGGUGGCUCCAGGUAUGGACGCCUGCUGCGAAACAACAAUAACCACGAAUCGUCCGACAGUAUUGAUAUCCGUCACUCGGUGUCGAUCAAGUCGCAGAGAUCGCAGUUCCAUCAUCACAACAACCACCAGGGACAGCAGCAUGUGCCACCUCACCAUCAUCACCACAGCCAUCAUCAUCAGCAUAACGGUGGUGUUGGUGGUGGUGCUGGUGGUCAGCAGCAGCAUUAUCCGUUGCAGUCGUCAGCAUCGCUGUCGUCCUGGCGCAACAAUGCCAACGCCAACCAGCACCACCAGCAUCGGUACGACGAUGGGCUGGAGGACGCCGACGGUUACCACCACCGGUACAUUAACAACAACAACAACAAUGGCAACGGCAGUCAUUUCGGCGGCGCCAAGGUCGGCAACAACGGCAACACAACUAACUUUAACCACCAUCAGUACAACAAUCGCGGAGGAACCAAUAAUAGUAGCAUUAGUAACAACGCUGGCAAUCUUAGCAAUAGCGGCGGAAGUAGUUCCCUUCAUCCAGGUAGGAUGAACAAUGGCAAUGGCCAUCCAAGUCAGUACCAGCCGCAGCAGCAGCAGCAACAGCAUCACUAUGGUGGUAAUAAUGUUGGCAACCAUUACAACAUCAACGGCGUUGGUGGUCAUUACAAUAAUAACCACUACGGCGGCGCCGGUGCUGGUGAGCACCACCGGUACGGUAAUGGAGGCGGUGGGCUACCGGUAAAACCCUUGCCAUACCGUGCGGUCUAUCCGCAGAAGCAGCAGCAGCAAACCUACACUCGCUAUCCGACAUCGUCAUCAGCGACGUAUCGUGGUGGCGCUGGGCAGCAGCGUGCCUCGAUCGACGCUGUCGACGGAGGAGGAGCAGCAGGUGCCAGACGAGCUAGCGAUGGCCAGCAUCAACAGUUGCUGCAGCAGCAGUCACCACCGCAGCAACCGCCGCAAAUGCAGCAGCAGCAGCAGCAGCAGCACAGUAGGAGUAAUAUAAACUGUGAUCAAAGUAAUGUGAAUAGAUAUAAGCUAUAUCAUGGAAACUCGACCACGAUCGUGAGCGCCCUCAAGCGGGAAACGCGCAACGGCUACCAGAUGAUGGUCGGUGACUUCGGUCAGCUGAACCUCGGCCCAGGCAGUAGUGCCGACGCUACCGACGAUCCGCGCUACCAUCUGGUGCUCGAGAAGGCGGAAGGUGUCGUCGACGGCGAGGAGGAUGCAUCUCGCUACCUGCAGUAUCAACUGCAGCAGCAGCAGCAACAACAGCAAAAUCAGCAGGGGCAACAUCAUCAGGGUCACUACUAUCGGCAUGCUUCCGACGGUGGGCAAAUGGAACCGAUCGAAUCCAUCGACGAAGCGGUCUACAGUAGCAGCACGGGAAGCAGUGCCAGCAGCCACAGUGGCAACAGCGUCGUUCAUGGCAACGUGACGACUACCACCGCCCGACUGAAUGGAUGCAACGGUGGCGGUGCACCGGGUGAAGCUGUCGCGAUGGCCGCUGCCAUCGCCGCCGGUAUGGGGCUUCCGGUGGGUCUGUCGCCACCGAACGAAAGCCUCCUGAUGCAACGUCGGCUUUCGUUGCGUUCGCGCAGCCUCUCGGGAUGUGGUGAUGCGUCACCGCUAGCGGCAACGGCCGCCCCGCUGGCCAUUCCGCAAGCGCCGUACUCCUGCCGGAAGGGGUUCCAGUACGAGCUGAUGAUGGAUGAUCAGAACCAGCAGCAGCAGAAACCGGGGCAGGACGACGAAGAUCUGUCAUCGCCGGAGCAACAGCAGUCCCCCGCUGACACCAUUCAGAUCUUUGCCGGAGCAGUGAAGGCGCCGACGACGGUGGUUCCGGAGCGCCGGCUGAUGUCCGGUGGGUACUACCGCCAUCCGCAGCCGGCGUACGUAUCUGCGACGACGCCCACAUCCAGCACCCUCACCACCAUUACCACGCAGAGUGGCUGAUGAGCGGUCCAGAACAACGUCACAUGAACAAGGUGGACACAAUUGGCGGGGGCACUAGUGUCCAAACAGAUCUCUUCAGCUCUUGUUGCCAUGUUGGGCCUGGCGAUCACCAGUGGCUCCUCCAUCGCGUGCGAUAUAUACCACCCACCAUCACCGCAGGUCCGAUGCGUCAUUAAAUUAAUGGAUAAUGUUUUCCAGGCAAUAGUAGUAUCCAGUUCCAGCUCAGUUUUUCGUUUUCUUUUCGGCGAAAAACUACCCGAUUUGUUUGCCUGUUCGAUGUUCGAUCCUUUCGUUGUAUAUCGAAGCGUGGAGCUGGUUAAGGUGUGAUCGGCUAUCGGCAUCAUAAUUGUUUUGACCAGCCCAUCUUUUAGUUAGUCUACCUCAAUUGAAUGUGUUUGAAGUUUUGCAUAUUGAUUUUUUUUUUGCAUAAAAUCAUUACACUUGGCUUCCAUUCGAUGAUUGGAUAUCGAUCAAAUUUGUUUUGAUAGCGUCGACUAGAUAGGACAGAGAGAACAUGUUCAAAACAACGCCACUUUGCCAGGGCAAAUCGGAAUCGCAUUUUCUAACCGCGCAGGAUGUGGUGGAUUGAUCACUCAAUUCAAUUUAUUUAGUCGGUAGCCGAAGGGGGUUGAAGUUGAAAAACAUGAACCGACUGGGAUGGCACCAUAAGGGACAUUCUUUUAGCGUGUAACGUCGAGAGCGGGAGAGAUAGGAGCGAAGAGCAUGAAGAAAAAAACCGGGAGAACAUUGUUUACAGAUAGAGAUGUAUUUUUCUUUUUCUUUACUGUGCGUAGCUGAUUGUAUUGUAUUUUUGCUCUAUGAGAUACCUUUUUUUCUAACUUUUCAUUACAUUAAAAUUUACUGUAAUUUCUUUUUUUUUUAAUUUGUCUGUAAUUUUGAUUUUUUUUGUUUGAACUUUCAAACUUACCGAAGUAGAGGUACACCACUAACUUGGCCUUGCUGUCGGCAGCAGCGACAGGCAGUAGAAGGAAACUAUAUGGGGAAACUAACAGAAUAGACGAUCUUUUCGUGCACCACUGUGCAGCAAUAAUAAUUGGUAAAAAUGAAAUUGUUAAGAUAAUGAAAGGCGAUUGGAAUGAAGAAAAUAUAUAUCAGUUAUUUUUUCACUUAUCACAAGCUCUUGGAAGCGAAGUGCUCUCAGUUGCUCAGGAAAUGGCAUACGUCGAACGUUGCGUUCAAAAGUUCUGGAAAAACUGUGCGGAACUAUGACAAGCUUAUUUGUCUUCGAAAGGAUGGAGGAAACAUUCCGUAUCCUCCAGACGAGUCCAGAAAACAAACUGUCGAAAAAACAGCGAUCUUUCUCGUUUGUUGUUAAACGUAUUAAUGACGAUAAUAAUCCGUUCUCAUUUCUGGCACCUUUUUCGUUUCUUCUUCGAUAAGCUUUCUUAUUUAGUUGUGAAACGAUGAAGUUGCAUCUUUGUGAAACACAACACACAACCACCAACCUACCUUUGCGAGAUUGUAAGUCAAGAAGAAGAGAUGCAAAUGCGGUCAGAACAAUUAGCACUUCACAAAGAGAUUCGGAGCACUUGGCACGCACACACGAAUGCCCUCCGCUAAGAAACUAGAACCUCCUACCGUCAUUUACUUCGUUGAUUAGUCGUUGUUACAUUUGAGAGAGGCUCCUGUUUCCAGCCCGAUGGCAGGAGUCGUGAACCAGUGAACCGUUGUUUUGUUUUAAAACCAGAACCCAGAAGUGGGAAAAUCAAUCUAAAACACAAGUAACUAAGAUUAGAUGAUAAGAGCGAUUUCUAACGAGGUGUUUUUAAUGAAGGAGAGGUGAGAAAAAAACACACACACAACAAAGAAUAUUCGUCCUACAAAACGAGAACUAAACACGCUAAGAAGCUUAUUCACGUAAACAAGUGAAUAUCACCCAACACCACUCACCACUAGCCGGUUAAUUGCAGACGAGAAAAUGGAUGUACUGAUUUUGAAAAUUUAUGAUAUUUGCCUUUUUUUAAAUCAUUUUUCUUUAACCAGUAAUCAAAUCAUACGACACAAUGUUUUCUUCAUGUCUUUAGUUUUUACCGUGGUCUGUGCAGGAUGGAUGAUCUGAUUCUUUCGUACUAUUGUUUUUCAGUUAAGUCAAAGAAGACAAGCCUUCCUAAGACCCACAGGGCCGUGUCUGUGGCUAUACACGGGUAGGCGGGAAGCGGUCUAUGCAUUUGUAGUUCAGUUGAAUUGUGUUGCUUGAAAUUAACCUACCAUCGCCACUCGCGCAGGCGUUUAUUCUAAACCCGGGAAAAAAAACAUACAAAAGAGCAAGGCAAUCAUCGUCUUUACCGAGUGACCCCCUCCCUCCCCCUUUCGCCCAUUGGGGUCGUCGGAGCAGCAAGAUGACGGGCGGAGAGGAGUGGUUACUGUAACAAUGUAUUGUGCACGGAAAUUACAAAACAUACAAUAGAGACACCAUUGUAGGGGAUUAAGGCGAAUAAAACAAAUUAAAAUGGUAAAUUAUUCACCGGUAGUCAAAGUCCCAAAGGAACGAACGAACGAAUGAUCGGUGAGCCGAAAAAAUGAUGUGGAUGAAAAGAAAAGUAAUUAGAACGACAUACUAAUGCCGUGACCGUGACGUUGAGAAGCAAUACAUUAUACGAACAUUUACGAAGGAGGAAAAGAAAACUCGUAGUCUCUAGCAACUAACGGAUGAUUCACAAUCUCUUUUUUCCCGACCGUUUGUGGCAAGGUAAUACUUGCAGUGUACAACAUCCGGGGAUGUAAAGGGAAGAAGGCGUGGAUAUUCGAGUGUGGGGGAAAGGCCAUAACUAUUCGAUCCUUUAGCCCCGUUGGUCACAACCACACACACACACACACACGGGACACACGUAAAUCCAGAUAAACAAUUUUGCUAUUUUGUUCCGUUUUGUUCUUGCGUGUUUUUGGUGAAGAAAUGUGAAGAAAGAUAAUGAUGAUGGAGUGGGAUGCCCGCUUAGGGGUGUUUAGAAGAAGCUCUGAGGGUGGGGACGAUGGUGAUAUGCUUUAAGAAAGCAUAGCCACAACAUAAAAGACUGGUUAAAAAAAAAAAUACACGAUAAAACACUACUCAACACACAAUUGCGCAUGGAUGAUUCCUUUGGGCUGAGGCUUUGAACCGGCAGCCAACAGUUGGUUGUGGAGUAUAAACCCACCAUACACUAUCGGUAGGUGGCCUUUAUGUUGCCGGUGUGACUUCACGUCAUCACGUGCGCUCCAACACUGUUGUGCUGCCGGGAAUGGAUGCAGAGGAGAGAACGAGCCAAGCGAACGUCAGCGAGAUGGACAAUAUUAUUUUUCGAUUUGUGCAAAACAAAACAAACACAUUUAACAGCAUAACACACAACCCAAUUUAUUAUAGAGAAGUGUUAUUGCAUUGGUUGAAAAAAAAGAAUAAGAAAAACAACGUACAACUCCACCCUUCAGGCGAUAUCAUUUGACCUGUUCUGUUCUUCGCACUAUCCAAGAGUGGAAUGUAAAAAAAAAAUAACAUCAACAGUAUAGCAAAGUAGAAAAUGUUACGAAAACCUAAACGCUAUUGGAAUGAAGAAA